ACACAAUAUUAUUUGAUUCUUUCAAGUUUCCUUCCCCAUUAAAAAGCAAAACCCAUUGUGCCACUUCACACUCACACAGGGAGAAACUCAGGGAGUUCUCUCAAUGAUAGAGGUGGAGCUUGCAGGUUCUUUCUAUUCGCACUCCGCUUCGUGAUCUAUAAGAGAAUCAAGUUCCAGAAAAUCUCUGCUCGGAAUCGUGUGUGUGAAUAGCUUCAGACUUGGGCGUUUCAAGAGUGUCGGCUAGGUGUUUGAAGAAAGACCUGGUUGAUAAAUUCUGAUGGAGUUAACUCCAAGAGGAAGAACCCAGCACUCUCCUUUGACUUUGAGCUUUGACAGAGAUGCAGACUCUGUUUUGGAGCAAGAUAGGGAGAUUCUGUCGAAGUGGGCUGCCAUAGAAAAGCUUCCCACUUUCAAAAGGAUUAGAACUUCGUUUAUUGAUGUGAUUGAAGAUGAUGAUGGUCAAAGCAGCAGCAGCAGCAACAUCAAUUUAAAAUCGGAGAGUAGAAGACAAUUGAGGUCAGAUAGUAAAAGGGUCGUUGAUGUUACUAAACUUGGAGCACUUGAUAGGCGUUUGUUGAUUGACAAACUCAUAAAGCACAUUGAGAAUGAUAAUCUCCAGUUGCUGCAGAAACUAAGGGAAAGGAUAGAGAGAGUGAAUGUGAAGAUUCCUACUGUGGAGGUCAGGUAUAAGAACCUUCAUGUAGAAGCAGAAUGUGAGGUUGUAAAGGGGAAGCCACUCCCUACACUGUGGAACACUAUUGUUAGCUUCUUUUCAGGUUUUAGGAAGGCAGUACCUUGUACUUCUCAAGGAACCAACAUAAGCAUUCUUAAGGAUGUAAGUGGCAUCAUAAAGCCAUCAAGGCUUACCCUUCUCCUUGGCCCACCAGGCAGCGGGAAAACGACCUUGCUAUUGGCACUGGCUGGAAAACUUGAGCAAUCUCUCAAGGUGACUGGAGAAAUAUCUUACAAUGGUCACAUGCUAGAUGAAUUUGUUCCUCAAAAAACAUCAUCAUAUAUAAGCCAGUAUGACCUGCACAUCCCUGAGAUGACAGUGAGGGAAACAAUUGACUUUUCAGCCCAAUGCCAGGGGGUUGGCGACAGAGCUGAUAUAGUGGCUGAAGUGACAACAAAAGAGAAAGAUGCAGGAAUCAUCCCUGACCCAGAUAUUGAUGCCUAUAUGAAGGCAAUAUCAGUUGAAGGACAAAAAGAAAAUCUACAAACUGAUUAUGUUUUGAAGAUUCUUGGUCUUGAUAUCUGCGCAGACACAACAGUUGGUGAUGCAUUAGAUAGGGGCAUUUCAGGUGGACAGAAGAAAAGGCUUACAACAGGAGAGAUGAUUGUUGGUCCCAUAAAAACUCUGUUUAUGGAUGAAAUAUCAACUGGCUUGGACAGCUCCACAACUUUUCAAAUAAUUACCUGUCUCCAGCAGUUGGUGCACAUCACAGAUGGAACUGCAGUGGUUUCACUUCUUCAGCCAGCUCCUGAAACCUUUGAAUUAUUUGAUGAUCUUAUACUGAUAGCUGAGGGGAAGAUUGUAUAUCAUGGUCCAUGCAGUCAAGCGCUCCAAUUUUUUGAGGAAUGUGGUUUCAAGUGUCCUGAAAGGAAAGGAGUAGCGGACUUUCUCCAGGAAGUAACCUCUAAGAAGGAUCAAGGGCAAUACUGGUAUCGUACAGACACUCCUUACAACUAUGUUUCAGUAGGUCAAUUCUCUCAAAUUUUCAAAGCAAGUUAUUGGGGACAAAGUUUGAAUGAUGAGCUCUCAAAGCCAUAUGAUAAAUCUCAAUCCCAUAAAAAUGCUUUAUCAUUUAGCAAGUACUCCUUGGGCAAAUGGGAAUUGUUCCAAGCUUGUAUGAGGAGGGAGAUACUUCUCAUGAAACGAAACUCUUUUAUCUAUGUAUUCAAGACUGCACAGCUCACAAUCACAGCAAUCAUAACGAUGACAGUGUUUAUACGCACUCAGUUGAAUGUAGAUAUAAAGAGUGCAAACUUUUUACUGGGCUCGUUGUACUAUACACUUGUCCGCCUCAUGACUAAUGGAGUUGCUGAGCUGAUCUUGACUAUUACUAGACUUCCUGUUGUUUACAAGCAGAAGGAAUUCUAUCUAUAUCCAGCAUGGGCUUACUGUCUUCCAGCUUCGAUUCUAAAGAUUCCAUUUUCAGUUAUUGAUUCAAUUGUCUGGACUUCAGUAACUUAUUAUGUUAUAGGCUACAGCCCUGAAGUAGAAAGGUUCUUCCGCCAGUUUCUUCUGCUUUUCACUCUGCAUUUAUCAUCAACAUCCUUAUGCCGUUUCCUUGCCUCAGUUUUCCAAACUGAUGUUGCAGCUACAACAGUCGGUUCCUUGUUCCUAGUACUGAUGUUUUUGUUUGGAGGCUUCAUUCUUCCCAGACCUUCAUUACCAUCGUGGUUGAGGUGGGGUUUUUGGCUCUCUCCCAUGACAUAUGGAGAAAUUGGAUUAACAAUAAAUGAAUUUCUCGCUCCCCGCUGGCAGAAGAUUAAAGAGGGAGGCGUCCCCAUAGGGGAGAAGGUUUUAACUAGUCAUGGUUUAGACUUCAAUGCAAACUUCUACUGGCUAUCAAUUGGGGCAUUGCUCGGUUUCACAGUACUUUUUGAUUUUGGAUUUAUCUUAGCAUUAAGUUACUUAAAAUCUCCAAGGAUGUCUCGAGCUCUUGUUUCCAAAGCAAAGGCCUCUCAACUGCUAGGAGGAGAAGAUGGCAAGAGCAUGGAACUAGAAAAUAGAUCAGUUACAGUGGACAUCAGCAAGACCUCAAAGGAAACACAAAACACAGGAAAAAUGGUCCUGCCAUUUCAGCCGCUGACAAUAGUAUUCAAGGAUGUCCAGUAUUUUGUCGACACCCCUCCAGAAAUGAAAAGGCAUGGGUCCAAUGAGAAAAAACUUCAGUUACUCCGUGAUAUCACUGGAGCAUUUAGGCCAGGAGUUCUCACAGCACUUAUGGGAGUUAGUGGAGCAGGGAAAACGACUCUUAUGGAUGUCCUUUCAGGGAGAAAAACUGGAGGUAUCAUUGAAGGAGAUAUAAGAAUUGGAGGAUACCCCAAAGUGCAGAAGACGUUUGCAAGAGUUUCAGGUUACUGUGAGCAGAUUGACGUACACUCCCCUUACAUAACAGUUGAAGAAUCUGUGAAAUACUCAGCAUGGUUGCGAUUACCAAUGGAGAUUGAUUCAGUCACAAAAGGGAAAUUUGUAGGAGAAGUCAUUGAAACAAUUGAACUGGAUGAUAUAAAGGAUUGUUUAGUUGGCAUAGCUGGCCAAAGUGGCUUAUCAACUGAACAGCGUAAAAGACUUACCAUUGCAGUGGAGCUUGUUUCCAAUCCAUCAAUAAUCUUUAUGGAUGAACCAACAUCAGGUUUGGAUGCCCGAGCAGCUGCCAUAGUUAUGCGUGCAGUGAAGAAUGUGGUUGCCACAGGCAGGACCACAGUUUGCACCAUACACCAACCAAGCAUUGACAUAUUUGAGACUUUUGAUGAGUUGAUUCUAAUGAAAUCAGGAGGACAGAUUAUCUAUAGUGGAAAACUUGGUCACCAGUCAAGCAGACUGAUUGAAUACUUUCAGGCUAUACCAGGAGUGCCAAAGAUCAAAGACAAUUAUAAUCCUGCAACCUGGAUGCUAGAAGCUACCUCUGCAUCUGUAGAAGCAGAACUUAAAGUAGACUUUGCAAAAGUCUAUAAGGAGUCACCUCUUUACUGGAACACCCUUGAAUUGGUACAAGAGUUAAGUGAACCAUCCCCGGGUUCAAAGGACUUGCAAUUCUCGACUCGUUUUCCACAAAACAACCUGGGGCAGUUUACAGCAUGUCUAUGGAAGCAACACUUGUCCUAUUGGAGAAGUCCUGAAUACAACUUGACACGUUUUAUGUUCAUGGUUGUAGCAGCAGUAAUAUUUGGGGCAGUAUUUUGGCAGAAAGGGAAGGAAAUAAACAAUGAGCAGGAUUUGUUCAACGUACUGGGAUCAAUGUAUAUUGCUGUCAUAUUCUUGGGCAUAAAUAAUUGUGCAUCCAUUUUACCAUAUGUGGUAACUGAGCGCACUGUCUUGUACCGUGAAAAAUUUGCUGGAAUGUAUUCUUCCAUGGCCUACUCAUUUGCACAGGUGACCAUUGAGAUACCAUAUAUCUUAGCGCAAGCUAUUGUGUAUGUGGCUAUCACGUAUCCAAUGAUAGGUUACUAUUGGUCGGUUGAGAAGGUCUUUUGGUACUUCUACACCACAUUCUGUACAUUUUUGUACUUCGUAUAUCUUGGAAUGUUGAUAGUUUCGUUGAGCUUGAAUCUCGAUUUAGCUUCCAUACUAGCAGCUGCAGUCUACACCAUAUUCAAUCUUUUCUCUGGAUUCCUCAUGCCAGGACCGCAAAUUCCUAAAUGGUGGGUUUGGUGUUAUUGGCUUUGCCCCACAUCUUGGUCUCUAAAUGGCCUCCUGACUUCACAAUAUGGGGACAUAGACAAGACGAUACUCAUAUUUGGGAAGCCAAAACCAGUUGGGGCCUUUCUGAGAGACUAUUAUGGGUUCCAUCAUGAUCGGUUGAACAUUGUGGCUGUGGUUCUUAUCGCUUUCCCAAUUGUUUAUGCAUCUCUGUUUGCCUAUUGCAUAGGGAAAUUAAAUUUCCAGAGAAGGUAGCCAAGAGAUAUUGAAUGUUCCUUCAGCAGUUGUUCGCUGCAAUUUUGAUGUAUAGAAAUGGAAAUGCAUGGCUACAUCAAUGAGCAUUGUUCCUUGUUUGAGUUUUUUUUUUAUCUUCUGUAAUUGUUUAUAGCUUAAAUGUAAAAAUCCAUUUAUCUUAUGAACGCACUAUCUAUAUGUCAUUGAUUGAUGAAGAAAAUACAAAUGUAAUAAAGUUUAAGAGCACUUAUCUCAA